AUGCCGGUGCAAAGUGUCAUGGAUAAGCUGAAGCAAUGGCAAAGCAGUGGGCCAAAUUAUGAACCGGUUGGCCACCCCGAGGAUGGCUUUGAGAAGGAGCACACCACCAACAAGCGAUCACGACUUCUGAGACCGGCGAUAAUCCUCGGGUCUCUUCUCGCCAUCUUCCUAUUUUUGUCUUCGGGUGGUCAUGACUCUGCUAAACCAAUCGUUUCCUCGAAGGAGACGUUGUUGCCUCCAGCCUACCUCCGGAUGGUCUAUCCUGUGGGAUAUGCUGAUGCCAACUACUGCAAGACUAUUCUUAGCAGUGCCGUCCUGAAUUAUCCAGAGCCAAUGUUGAUAGGAUUUUCGGGCAAGAAGCAGAAAGAGGAAAAUGUCGACUCCACUCUGGACUUGGCCCAACGAAUUUCUCGCAAGACCAGUAUCCUUGGCAUCGACAAGCACCUUAGGAACAUCUCAACAACCCGUGAUGAGGAUCUUGUGAUUAUAGCAGAUGGUCUGAACACGUGGUUCCAAUUGCGCCCUCAAACACUUCUUGACCGGUACUUUGAAUCCAACAGAGAUGCAGAUGAGCGUAUCAGGAAAGAACUUGGGGCGAAUGCCGACGUUCUGAGUAUUCGUCAAAAAAUCAUCUUCGGUGCUCAAAGAGACUGCUCACCCUGGAACGCAGAGGACCCAGCUUGCUCUGCAGUGCCCGAAUCAUCACUGCCUAACAACAUCUAUGGAGCCCAGACUGACGCGCAAGCCGAGGAGGGCAAAGAUUCUUUCGCAAAGCAUCGUCCAAGAUACAUCAGCUCAGGGUUUGCCAUGGGACCCUUGAAGGAUAUGCGUAAGCUCUAUGCUGCGGCUGCGAAGCGCAUCUUGGGCGACCAGCAUCUUCAAGAUGAAGGUAAGGUGCUCGGCCAACUCUUUGCCGAGCAAGAAAUGGCUCGUGAAUCUUACAAGAUUCCCCCGGCUUCACCCUUUGCACGUCUUGGAUCGUGGCUUUCAUCAUUCUGGGAGAGUGCCAGCGCAGUCGAAGACAGACAGGCUCAGCAGCUGAGAGAGACCGACCUCUCACGAGAAUACGCAAUCGGUCUGGAUUACGCCAGUGGGCUUGCCUUUGAGGCCGCACAUGCCGAUGGCGAUAUGGAAUUCGUCAGGUUUGGAGAUGCGGCAUCAGUGCACGCAGCAAAUGCAAAGCACGGUAUUGCCGAUAGCCGAAUCAGUCAAAUCGCGCCUGAUGUUGGUGCAUCUUUGCCACCCUUCUGGACCUACAGCCGGGAAAUUCUUCCUCCUCGCAACACGUCCUGGACAAACGUUUCUCUCCUUACAAACGCCUGGACUGGCGUCACACCAGCCAUCAUCCAGCAUGACCCGAGCAACCAACGCACCGGUUCUCAGCGUGAAACAUGGUGGGCCAACAUCUGGUACCAAAAGUACGCCCGCAAGAUGUUCGAUGUCCACGUCCAGUCCCCCAUCGGCGCCGUUGCUGUUUCUGGCUACGAUGCGGCAUCUCGCCGUCAAUGGUGGGGCAUUGAAGACUGGAAGGGUGGUGCAAGAAACGAGACCAAGUUCUGGCAUAGAUACGAAGAUGUGUGUGGAGGAACAGAGACCGAAGUCUUCAGAGACAGCAGAGGUCCGUGGUACCUUCCAUCAAACCACUAG